AUGCAACAACAAGACAUUUUCCCCGAAGUGCAACAUGCAGUUGAUCAAGACUGCACGUUGGUUAUCGUGGAACUGUUUUCCGAAUUGGAGGUUCCUGCCUCACAGCUCAGGUACUCGUCGUCGGUAGACUCUUGCCUACUUAAUACGACAACACAGACCUUGACCGCUGUACUGAACCGUCUCUCUAUCAUUUUAAUUUGCCCUUGCUCUGGGAAGGGCGAGACUGCAAUGUUGAUAUCUGCUGUCUGCAUGACUAUCAUUGAUAUACACGCGAUGAUAAUCGCGAAAUUCCACGAUACGCCAGGAAACGAAGCUACGGCCAUGCCAGUAUUUGAAGAACUUUCCAAAGUGGCCACCUUGGUUUUGCAAUUUACUGAGCGAUAUAAUGGAAGUACGAUUGGUGAACCAGCUUUUGCAGGCAAUGACCUUCCUUUGGACUUCUUGCCAGCGCUGGGCAACCUGAUGCAAGAAAGAUUACAGCAGAUUACAAACGACGCAACCUAUUGGCCAGCAUAG